CUGCUGGCAGCUGGAUCCAUCUCUGACGGGAGCCCCAGGACUCGGGUUGAUCCAGUGACAGACACGGCGAUGGCCCCAAAGGGACCCCGCCCCUUGCUCUUCCUGACCCUGGUCCUGCUGGCUGCCUGCCUGGCCCAGCUCAGCGAAAGUGCCAGCUACCGGCAGUUCCUGAACCGACAUGUUGACUUCCCCAAGAGCGGCGGUGGCAACAACCGGACCUACUGCAACCGCAUAAUGCAGCGCCGAGGGCUGACCCGCCCUGUCUGCAAAGCCACCAACACCUUCAUCCACGCCCCCACCAACCAGAUCCAGGCCAUCUGCAGGGGUGCAGGGAGAUGCCAUGGACGCAACUUCUGCGACAGUAACUCAUCCUUCCACCUCACCACCUGCCGAGUGGCACCUGGCUCCCGCCCGGGGCGCUGUGUUUAUAGGGUCAGAGUCAAGACCCGCAGGAUCCGCGUGGCCUGUAACCAGAGGCUGCCCGUGCACUUCAACAGAAUCCUGUAGACCCCAGGCUCUGGCCAUGGGCUGGGAGCAGGGGGCCCCCGUUCCCUCCGCUUUCGCUG